AUGGCAUCCAUCCCAUCUCAUAGCUCUUCUGUCCUUAAUUCUUUACGGAGCUUUAAUCCAAUGGAGAUUGUUAGAGCCCAAGAUGACUCCUCUUCAGAUUCUCCAUGUAGUUAUCAUGUGUUCUUAAGUUUCAGAGGUGAAGACACUCGCAAGACGUUCACUGACCACCUCUACACAGCUUUGAAGCAUGCAGGAUUUUGCACCUUCAAAGAUGACGAUGAGAUUGAAAGAGGUGAAAAUAUUAAGUUUGAGUUGCAGAAAGCAGUUCAAGAGUCAAGGAUUUCAAUAGUUGUCUUCUCAAAAGACUAUGCUUCUUCAAGUUGGUGUCUUGAUGAACUAGUGAUGAUCCUCAAACGUAGGAAGACCACUGGCCAUGUAGUGCUACCUGUCUUCUAUCACGUGGAUCCAUCCCAUGUGAGGAAGCAAAUGGGAAGUUUCAAAAAAUCAUUCAAGAGGCCUGAAAAGAAAUUCCAUUCAGAAGCAGGUGAAAGAAAAGAUGACUGGAAGGGCAAGAUGCAAGAAUGGAGGGCAGCCCUUAGAGAAGCUGCAGAUUUAGCAGGGAUGAAUUUACAAAAUCAAGCUGACGGGUAACUUUGCUCUUUUAGCUAAGCAUUACUUGCAUCACCCUUUUUUGGGAUUUCGUAGUUAAAAGUAUUUCAUAUGAGGGCCAUUUAGAUUAAAAAUUAU